AUCACCGAAAUUAUACGAUCAUCAUCGAUCAGUUAUUUAGCCUCCUGCUCAAUUGCUUUUUAAUAAUAUUAUUACUAAAAAUUAAUUUAAACAAGUUAUUUUUGUUGAAAACAUGUGAGUGGAGUAAUUGAUGAUUUUACUAUGAAGUUCAUUUCAAAUGACGUUCAAUCAAAUUUUUAAAAUUAAGAAAUAAAUAUUCUCUUACAAAUGUAAGGUUAGAAAUCGUGCACACUUCAGAUUUUUAUUCAUUAAUAUUAAUAAAUUAAUUAAAUAACAAUCACCAAAACGCUUAGAUUAUUUUUAUUUAUUAAUAAACUCUGUAAAAUAUAUAAAAAUGGCAGUGUCAUUUUGCGCAAAUCGAAUUAAAUUUUUGGCAAGUAAUAUUUUAUCCAAAACAUGGAAGAGACACACUUCCGGGUACAUUGUUCUCGUUCCUGAAAUUGGUGAAGAUAUGCGAGAUAAAGAUCCAUUAACGAAGGAUGAUGGAUUUCCAGAAUUUAAUACUUUUACUGUUGAAAAAGUUAUGGCUGUUAUUGGAAAACAAACGAUAUUAUAUGAACAAGAAAUUAAUAAUAUGGUUGAAAUAAUUAAAAAUAAAAAAGAUCUUGAUAUUGUUAAUGAUGUGAUCAACAGAUUAGAGUCGUCCGAUGUACGGCUACAUUCAAUUUGGGGGAUUGCUAAUGUUCUGUACUUUGGCAAUCAAAGUAUCAUGCCAAAUAGAUAUUAUGAAACAGUUUCCUUAAAUUUAUCGAAAACGAGAGGACACAAAUAUUUAAAUCGUACUUUACACAAAGUUUGGCAAGAAGCUUUAGAAGAUGAUGAUAAAAAUUUGACUGCUGAACAGAAAAGAAUAAUUGAAAAAAAUGCUCGAGAAGGUAGAUUAAACGGUUUAGAGUUAUCUAAUUCUGGAUACAUGCGUUAUUACAUGGAUCAAUCAAAAAUUUUCAAGAAAACUGAUGAAUUUCGACGAAAAGUCGGUGUUGCUACUCUUAUAUUCAAAACAAAAAUAAUAGAUCCAAAUGUUGUAAAAGAUUUUCCUGAAGAAUUUUUAAAAAUGACUGCUGAAGACCCAAAUAAUUGUCAGAAAGGACCUUGGAAUAUAACUUUAGAACCUAUUAUUGUAGAAAAAUUUUUAGAACUUUGUCCAAGUCGUGAAUUGAGAUGGAACGUUUGGCAAGCUAAUGUUGGGAGAUGUUCGAUGCUUUCAGACAGUUCGAUCCAUACAAGUUCUCUUUUAGAAGAUAUUCGUACUUACCGAAUAGAACAGGCCAAGCUUCUUGGGUACAAGUCUUAUUCUCAUAUGAGCAUGGAAACUAAAAUCGCUCCUAGUUUAGAGAAUGUAUAUCAAGUUAUGAAUAGUCUAUUAAAAAUUGCACGACCGGCUCAGGAGAAAGAAUUGGCAGCCUUAACAGCAUUUGCAAAAGAUGAGGGAUGGAAUAUUGAAAUACGUCCGUGGGAUCUUGAUUAUUGGAGCAGAAGAUAUUUGAGAACUGUUCACAAUUUUAAAGACGAAAUAUUUAACGAAUAUUUUCCUCUUCCUCAUGUUUUGACAAAUGUAUUUCGAUUUGUUGAAAAACUAUUCAAUAUUCGUAUUACUGAAGAAACAAAAACAGACGUUUGGCAUUCAGAUGUACGAUUUUUUGAUGUAUAUGAUUUGAAAGAAUCAUCUAAUGAACCAAUAGCUCAUUUUUAUUUGGAUCCUUAUGCAAGAGGCCGGAAUAAACUGAAUAAAUCUAAAAGUCGUGCAUGGACAAUUCCAAUACAAAAUAGAAGUAAAUUAAUGAAGAAAAAACCAUUAAUAGCAAUGAUAUUUAAUUUUUCACCUCCAAAAGGUGAAAUUCCAUCAUUAUUAAGUUUUAAUGAUGUGGUAGUUCUAUUUGGAGAAAUGGGUCUUGCUUUGCAGAGUCUUUUAACGAAAGUAGAAUAUAGUGAUUUAGCUGGAUCAUCAAAUGUAGAAUGGGAUGCAGUUGGAAUUAGUUAUCAUCUACUGUCUUAUUGGGCGUAUGAUCCAGAUGUCAUUAAAAGUAUUUCCAAACAUUAUAAAACUGAAGAACCAAUAACUUCAGAUAUGCUUAACGCCAUUGAAAAGUCAAAAACUCAUAUGGCGGGCUACAAAUUAUGUGAACGGCUUUACUUCAGUAAGCUUGAUUUAAAAUUAUUCGAAUUAGAUGAAUUCUGGAAGCCUAUAACAGAUCGUUUAUAUAAAGAGCAUUUUGUAUUCCCAAAAGAUCCAAAGGAUUCUCACAUUACUUCUUGGGAAGAUAUAUUCGUUAAUAAUUAUUGUGCUGCUUACUACAGUAUUUUAUGGGCAAAAAUGUUAGGAGCUGAUGUCCACAGUGCCUUUCAAGAAAUUCCUAAAGAUCAUGAUGAUGAAAUAAAAAAAUUAGCAGAACGAUUCCGUGAUACUUUCCUCGCCAAAGGUGGUAGUGUAUCUGCACGAGAACUUUUCAGACGAUUUAGAGGUAGAGAUCCUAAUACUAUGGCUUAUCUUAAAAGUUUAGGAUUCCAAACAAAUAUAGAGAUGUGUGAGAAUUUGUAAAUCAUUAUAGAAAUACCUGUUUAUAUUGUCAAUGUAUUUGAUUAAAUUUUUUUUUGUAUAUAUUA